AUGGAUGCGAAACUGCAAAUUCGAUUUUCGAAACUUUCUGAAAAUGCCCAGAUGCCUAAGUAUGGUUCGGAUUGGGCUGCUGGAGCCGACCUGUAUAGUGCAUGCAACUGCACGGUUCCAGCAAAAGGUCGUCAGUUACUCAGUUUCUCACGUUUAGAAAUAGUUUUGUUGCUCUCAAACUGUCUUCAGAAGUUAGUGUGCUUAAGAGGUUGA